CGCUGGGGGGGGCGGGGGGGCGCGGUACAUUAACGGUGCAAAAGUUUCGAAACACGGGUUCCUGGUGCUGAAUACAGACAAAAGCGACGCCGGGCGAAUCCUGAGACGGCUGCCGGAACCAUGGUUUACAGCUGGCGUUCGUAACGGCGAGUUAUUUGACGUUAUUUGACGCUUCAAAUGUGCGGAAAGUCGCUCGCUGUCGCCUCGUCGCCGAACAAGAUGGACGCAGCGGCAGCAACGCCGUCGUUGCAGGAUCUGACCGCGGUGCCGUUCCCCGUCGCUAGCCUGUCCCCCGAAGCGCUGGGUGCUGCGAUUAAUGGCUACCACUGAAGAUAUGACACUUUGUGAGAGCAAACCGGUUGUCAAAUAUAUCAGUGUCACGGUUACGUGUGUGUGUUAGUUUAUCAUUUGAACGUUGGUACUGACGUUACGUUACUUCGCCCGUUGGCUAACUGGUAAGCUAGCCAACUUGAUUUAACGUUAGUUUCCCCCAGAUAAGUGUUAGCAGUGGAAGCUAAUUAGUCCAACGACGGAGUUAUGCGGGGUCACGUUAAGAGCAUUCACGUGUGUUUUGGGAUAACUUUAAACAACGUGUGACGUGGAUAGAAUGUAUCAAGGAAAAUGAAUAACGUUAGUAACACCGACCUUAAAGGAAGUUUACAUUAGCCAGGGUGUUUAUGAAAGCGCCCUUUAAGGUUGUCCGUUCCGCCCGGUGUAACACAGCCAUGAUCUGACGUUAGCUGCCUGUCACUAACAACAAAAGUUUUAACAGGUGUCUAGGCUGGUGUGGCCCUUCCCCCAAACACACACACACACCCCUAUUUCCAUAUGUCAACUAUCUGAAGCCUUUUUCAGCUGGCUCUCAUCUACAACUGAAAAUACCAGCUUGCACGCGCACUUCUCCGUCGUGGCUCUCCAUUUCAGGCCUGGUCUUGUGUCCCUGCGGGAUAUCAGGCUACCUGUGCUUGGCAGGCCAGCUCCGUGACCUGCCAGCAGCCUCUCCCUCAAUGACUGGCCAUGGCCUCUUGUCGAGCACACACCGGCUGAUAGUGCUUCUUCUGUUUCACCUUUCACUGGGACUUUUGUCAGUUGCAUGAGCAAGGUUUUUAUUUUUAAUUAUCAAUAUUUGCCAGACUUGCAGCUGUGGGUAGUAAGUGAAGAAAGUGUUUUUCUACCACGCAGGCAGUGAUCUCCAAUGGCAACCUGCUUGUUGUCUUUCUUUGGCGAUUUAGUUUUGGAACGUUUCAUUUUACAGGUAAACGUAUCUCCUUGAACUCACCAGCCUUUCCUGGUCGUGAGAAACCCAAGUGUGCUGCAUUGUGGUGUUGAUGCCGAGGCACACCCCUGCGCUUGUCUCAACCUGUGUUUGGCUGCAUCUUCGGUUAUUUCUUUGGAGGGCAAAAAAACGUGCUUGAGACUGCUCCUUCAGUGCAUUUGUGCAACACGUGUGAGGAAGCCUUGAGACUUGAGUCACCUGAGUCCGCGUGUGAGCCCGGUCAAGCACAAUCGGUCUCUGUUUGGACAUAAUCAGGAAGUGUGGCUGACAGGCUCUGCCUCUGCUUGUUCUCACGGUGUCAUGACUUGCUGCGAAGAGAGGAGUGUCGCUGACAGAAACUUUGAUUGACUAGUCUUUAAAUUUAUAUGAUACUCUCCAUCAGCUAAAUGACAGAACAUGUGUUUUUCCAGCGCAUGAGAAAACACUCAUGUGGUUGAGAUCUGUAGUUUGGUCUUUACAAUUCGCUGUCUGUGCCCUUCUUCUUCUCCCUCUUUUAUGUCUUAACUACCAGAGGUCAGGGCUUUCUUUGGGGUUCUCCUUUGUGUGAAACUGACUGUCCGGUGUGGCAUGUGGGGACAAGCCAGAGAUAUAACGCCCCUCCCAUCUCCAAUUACAGCAGGCUUGUUCCUCUUUUAAGUACGUAUGACGUUAAGGCCUGGAUGUGUAUUGGCUUCGGCAGCUUUUAUGAUAACAUUAUACAGACCUAAAUAAUGCUCAGAAGGAUAGUGAUAAGGAAUACGAUAAUACGCCAAUUGACCUUGUUCUCGUAUUUGUUGGAAUAUUUUAAGUCAAGAAAUUGGCUUGGCUCUGUGUUACGAAAGUAGUGUUUAAAGUUUUUCCUCCGGUCAUCGCUGACAUCUUGAUGUGGUUGAAGCAGAAUUUAAGGAAACAAAUAUUUUAACCAAAAGUGGGCACUUGAAUACCAGCUGAAAACAUAUGUGAUGCAUGCGUGUGAACCACCCGUUUCAUGCGUUCUUUGCAAUGAAAUCAAACACAAUGUAUUUCUUGGGGCGGAAAAUGUUAUGAACCCAGACAAGACUGUGUCUCGUUUUCUGGAAUGUCUGAGGUAUUGUCUCCCCGCCGGCCAACAUUUGCAGUGCGUUCGGUGGGAACACAGAAAUGAAAGCUCGCUUGGUUUAUUGUUGGCUAAAAGAUCCGUCUUCCCCGUGUUUAAUUUCUGUUUCUCCAGGUAUGGCCUCACCCGUCUUGGUCUACCCAACACACCUGCACUCUGCUCAAAGAAGUGCCUUAGGAACCAGCAGACAAAAAGAAGAAGCUCACCGCAGGCACAACACCAGCAAAGCAUUUCAGCACCGGCCAACAGCCAAGACCUACGUGAUCGGCGUCAACUACGGUAUCGCCUACCCGAACAACGUGAUCCCGUCUUCAGCUGCUGCCAAUCCAGGAACUCUACGGCAGGGACUAAAGAGGGAGGAGCGCGCAUUGCAGGCCACGGUAGUACAGAGACAGGAGAGCCGGGAGAUCCAGAGCGGAGGCCCACAGGAAGUGAGCAUUCACAGUGACAGCAGUGGUACUCUGUCGGGGGGACACUUGCCCUGCGGGCUACUGAGGCAGGCCUGCAUCAGGGCGGCGGCGGUUGAGGAGGAGGAGGAGAAGGAGGGUGGAAACGGAGUAGAGCAAGCGAGAGGGGGAUACGUCAGCCUUUUAGGAUUAGGUGCCCCCCAGAGAUGUGAGGAGAAGCCAGGCGACGGUGGCGAGCGUCCGCGGCAGAACAGCUGCUUAGGAACCAUGCAGAUAGUGGAGGAGGUAUCUUCUCUAUCUUCACUUCCUCCCCCUGUGGUCAUGUUGCACGCCAGCGCGGGGAGCCACGCAGACACCGCCAGAGUCGGCUGUGGAGGGGAUCUGUCCAUUCAGCACGGGAGAGCCGAGGCAGUGACCAACAUGGGACUCGACGCCGAGGGAACCGGAAUCGGGUCCAGUGGCAGCACUCGUGCCGCAGCCGGCGCCACGCUGAUCAGGACUGGAUCUCUAGACGGCGACUAUCAGCUCGUCCAGCACGAGGUUCUGAGCUCCCUGAAGAACAGCUACGAGGUUUUGGAGUUCCUUGGCCGUGGAACAUUCGGUCAGGUGGUGAAGUGCUGGAAGAGGGGCACGAGUGAAGUGGUGGCUGUCAAGAUACUGAAGAACCACCCGUCGUAUGCGCGCCAGGGGCAGAUAGAGGUGGAGAUCUUGGCCCGUUUGAGCAGCGAAAAUGCCGAUGAGCACAACGUGGUGCGCGCCCUGGAGUGCUUUCAGCACCGCAGCCACACCUGCCUGGUGUUUGAGAUGCUGGAGCAAAACCUCUACGACUUCCUGAAACGGAACAAGUUCAGUCCACUGCCGCUCAAAAUCAUCCGGCCCGUCCUACAGCAGGUGGCGACAGCUUUAAAGAAGCUUAAGUCUCUGGGUUUGAUCCACGCCGACCUGAAGCCAGAAAACAUCAUGCUGGUGGACCCCUCCAGGCAGCCCUACAUAGUCAAGGUGAUCGACUUCGGCUCAGCCAGCCACGUCUCCAAGGCCGUCUGCUCCACUUACCUGCAGUCCAGAUACUACAGGGCUCCGGAGAUCAUUUUGGGCCUGCCAUUCAGUGAGGCCAUAGACAUGUGGUCGCUGGGCUGUGUGAUAGCAGAGCUCUUCUUGGGCUGGCCCCUCUACCCCGGAGCGCUUGAGUACGACCAGAUCCGGUACAUCUCCCAGACUCACGGCGUGCCGGCCGAGCAGCUGCUCAACAAGGGAACCAAGACCUCUCGCUUCUUCUGCAAAGAGUCCAACUCUCCCUAUGCCUCCUGGAGACUAAAAACAACAGAAGAGCACGAGAAGGAGACAGGCCUGAAAUCCAAAGAGGCCAGAAAGUACAUCUUCAGCUGCCUGGACGACAUCGCACACGUGAACGUGGUGUUGAGCCCUGAUGGCAGCGCCAUGCAGGCGGAAAAGGCAGACAGGAGGGAGUUUGUGUCCCUACUGAGCAGCAUGCUGCUGAUCGACGCCGAGGACCGGACCGUUCCCACCAGUGUCCUCAACCACCCCUUCCUCACGAUGACCCACCUGCUGGACUACCCACACAGUCACCACGUGCAGUCUGCAUUCCGCAUCAUGGAUAUGUGCCACAGUCAUGAGAACAGUCAUGAGAACACCAUUCACUUCUCAAGGCCACCCAUGGCUCCUGCACCCUCCUCUGGCCUACCUCUAGGCUACGGCAGCAUACCAGUCCAUACUCCGGCUAUAAACCAGUCGGGUCCCUCUGUGAUGCAUCCUGAGAUUGCUUUAGCAGCUGGGAACGGUCAGUUCGGGUGCACUGACCCCUUCCCAUCUGGCCUUCUUCUUUGUCCUCCCCCCAUGCAAGGUAACCUUAACCAACCAGCAGCGUAUUCUGUCCCCAUGGUAACUCAGGCUCCUCCCAUGCAGCCCUUGCCAGUGAGACCCGGAGUCAUUGCUCAGCAGGCCUGGUCAAGCCGGGGGCAGCAGCUCCUCGUCCCAGCAGCCUGGCAACAGAUGGCUCAAGUGGGUCAUCCUCCGUCUCACCCCCCUCCACAACCCCCAUCCUCCCUAACCAACGAUGCCACAGCCGGCCCACAAAGAAUCAGUGACUGGGGCAGCCACUACACCUCAGUCAUGCAACAGCCCCUACUGACGAAUCCUAUGCCAGCCCUCUCUGCCCAUCAGCCGAUCAACAUCGGCAUAGCUCAUGUUGUUUGGCCACAGCCGGCCAAUAAAAGGAACAGACACGGUUACAACAGGAACCUGUCCACCCACAGCACCAUCCACGCUCCGGCCAAGAUGGCCAACGCGGUCGGACAGGCGGUGGCACGUAGGGAACAGCCUCGGAGGGAGGACCCCGCGGGUGGAACCGGGCAUCCGGGAGUUCCAAACCGGGACACGGAGGAAAACCACGUGCAGCAGAAAGCGACCUGCUUCAAAGAGGCGGCGCCAAAGGCAAACAGCCAGCCGGACCCGUCCGGCGGGCAGCAGCGCGAGGUAGCGGUCCUGAUGGGCGACACGCCCAGCCCCGCUGCCAGCGUGAUCAGCAUCCGCAGCGAACUGACCGACGAAGAGGACGAACACCUCCCGAGGUGCCGUCUUGGCGGGUGUAAAGAGGAGUGUGUGUGCGAGGCGUGCAGACACACUAGUGUGUCUAUGGAGAGAGUGUGUUCCCUCAGUAGCCCCGACAGCAGCCUCAGCACCGGCUCCUUUGCCUCCAACUCGCUCCAGUCCAGCCCCUCCCUCUCGCCAUGCAAGAGACCCAACAGCAUGUCUGAGGACGACGGCCACGAGAGCGGCUGCGACACCGUGGAAGGCUCUCCUGCGCCAACAACGCCGCGUGGUGACAGACCCUACCGGUACCUUGACGACAACCGCCCGACACUAGCCGCCACGGUGGCGCCGCCGCCCUGCCACGCAGCACGGGGCCGCAGCCCCCCAGGCGUUAGGACCAUGGUGGUGCCCCCGAUGAGAAUGCAGAACAACAACGGUCACAGGACAGCAGAGCGUUUCCAGGGGAUAGAGUCCUGGUCCCGGUCCAACGGGCACUGCAGCCUCGUAGGACAACAGAGCAACCCCUCUUCCUUCCCCCUCCUGUCCCGGCAGCAGCAACAGCAGCCCCUCCCCAUGGGCUUUGGACAGGUGCAGCUGUACGGUUCUAACCACGCCGCCAAAGAGUGGAACGGCAAAUAUGGGUCUCUGCGUCCUCACGCUUACAUCCCCCCCACAGUCCACACGCACACCUUCACCCACCUGCCGCACAGCAGUCCCACGCACACCUCGGCCCCGCAGCACGCCCUGCUGCAGUACCCCCCCGGCGCCACACUCACAGCUCACCACCCACAUCCCAUCCUGCCCUCCCGCCCGCCUCCCCCAGCUGUCCUCCAGCACAGCUACGGCCUCUCCCAUCCCCAGGGAGGCGCUAUAGUGCACCAGGUCACCCUGGGCAUCAGCGCCCACCACCACCCCGCUCCACCCCCGCACAGGCUCCUCCCAUCCCCGUCCAUCCACCCGCACCACCAAUCUGGCUAUGGCCACCAACCCCCCUUCCAGCACCCGUACAUGGCCUCUCCGGUGGCUUACACCAGCUUCCCCCUGAGCCCCACCAAGCUCAGCCACCACCCGCAGUUCUCCUACAUCUGAGGAGCUGGCAAAUGGACUGGUGCUGCGACCUGGGCGGGCAGAGCCGGCAGCAGACACUUAAGGUGACGGACACGAGGGGGAGUGAAACCUCCUUCCCCCCAACCUGGAAAUAACGAGAGAUUGUGUCAGGGGGGUUGAGAAAGUGAAAACGAAUGUGAUUUAAUGGUGGCGUUUUUGAGGACGGAUCAAUUGGGAUUGCCAGAGAAGCUGGAGGGAAAAAAAUCAUGCAAGGAGAAAGUAGCAAUUUAAAUUUGAAACGCCAAAGCCGCACGAGAGGGCGGAGGACCUCAUGGCAAAGAAGACGUUUUAUGUGGAGGGUGUCCUUCAGAGGGCGGGAUCCAUUCAGAGGGCGGAGAGAUUGUUUGCCGUUGCAGUCAGCGAACCAAACCUCCCCCUCUCACCCUUUUUAUCUAUGUUGCCUUGUAGCAUUUGUGCUAGCCGGUCUGAUCUGUGUGUUAAGCCAUCCCGGUGUGUAUUAAUCAGGAUGGAACGCUGCCGUCGCCCUAGUGCCUUAAAAAUUUAAAAUCAGCCAGACGUUGAGUCAGGACAUAAUAGAUUGUACAUUUUAAACAAAAAAGAGAAAAGAUAGGCUUGCAGCACUUAACCCUCAGACUGUGGAGGCGACGGGUUCUUUGGAGGAGUAACGCUUGCGGCUUUGUUUUAACGUAGACUUCAGUUUUCUUUCUAACUCAGAGGACGGAUUCAGCUAGAGGGUGUAUAUCUAGGGCUUUGACUGAAUGAGCUUUUCAUGUACAUAAAGAGUGAUCUGAUAUUUUAGUAAUCAAUUUCUAUUCACUAUAGUACUUAAAUUCAUAACAGUAUUGUCACUGUUUACUGUAACUGCAAUACAAUCUAGAUGGCCUCUGGGUUGCUGUGUAUUUCAAAAUAUGUCUUGGCAUUUAGGCUAGACUUGCGUCGAUGUUUUUUAGGUUUUGGUGAGCGGCGCAUAAGGCAAUUGUUUCUUGUUGUGUGUGUGUGUGUGUUUUCUUUUUAAAUGCUUUUCAGUGUUUGAGAUAACCUACAGUAUCAUUUGAGGUGUUAUCAGAAACUGUUGAGCUUCGGUGUGGAAACAAACCUUCUUGUCCAUGUAUUGAAGUCACUUUUGAUACAUUCCCUGUGUGUGUGUGUGUGUGUGUGUGUGUGUGUGUGUGUGUGUGUGUGUGUGUGUGAGAUUUCCAGUGGGGUUUAGUCGUUCUGCUGUGUCUUUACCAUCAGCUGGUAUUUGUUUUGCCUUUACUCAAAUCGGCACCAAAGACAGUUCAUUGAUCAUUUCUGACGGAUGAGGCUAUGUCUGCUUUCACCUCCAGCGUACUGUUGCAGUAUUGUGAGAUUUAUUUAAAAAAAGAAGAAAAAAUUUAGAGGUUGAGGUUUUAUUUUUCUGAGCUUUCUUUUUUGUUGGCAAAUUGUAUUUGGAAUGUAUAGAUAAUAAGCUGCUAUGUACUGAUUAUCUGCCACUUGGUAGCUGUGAAUUUAGAGGAGAAAACUCAUCCUAGCCUGCCUGUUAUUCUUUUAUAUUGUAGAAGUGUUUUUUCUUUCUUAUAGUAUAUUACAUGCUAUUCCUAUAUGCUAGUGCCUCUGUAUUUUGGCUGUUUUUUUGAAGUGUAAACUGCUGUAAUGGAACUUGAGUUUUUUUCAUUCUGUUGCUCUUUUGGUGCAUGUGUGUAUUUGUGUGUGUGUGUGUGCAUUUCGCAUCUGCUUCUCCAUUCUGUAACUGGUGUCUCGUGUUAUCGCCCAAUUUGCAGCUCUUCGUACUGCACAACUAGUGCCUUUCUUCAGACAAGUGGCCAGCAGAAGAUUUCCACUCUUGGGAAACUAGUUCCUCAAGAGGGGAUCAGCUCCUGUUUUUCACGUCACCAAAACCCCAAAGUUGUUAUUUUCCAGUUUUUAAACUUAAACUAAAGAUACAAAUCAGGGAAGAUAUCGUGUGUUCACGGAGACCUGCAUAGAUCUGGGGAUAAACUUCUUUUUUUUUAAACAAGGAAAACCCAUCUGGCUUCAAUAUACACAAAUGUAAAGCUUUAUUCUCACACAGUGAAUGUGUGUGUUUGCAAAUGAGUUGCUUGUUGCUUUUGCGAUUGCUACACAGCUGCUGUCUCGGCCACUGUGGUCUCAUGUAUGCAGCUAUAACCACAGGUAGAUAUCGUCGUGUUUCUGAAGGCUUCAUGCCCACUCAAAGGUUUAGCUCCAAAGUUCUCCUCUGCUCCUGUUCAUCAAUGAGAUCCAAGGCUCUUUGGUUCUGUGAAAUGACAACAAACAAAGCAAUAUGUAAUUGAUGAACAAUUUGUCAUCGUCAAAAACAAAGCAGAAAAAGUAUCUUGUAAAACGACCAAAUCAAGAAAGGUUUCUGGAGCUAUUUAUUGUUUUCACUGUUGUACUCUGAUGUUUUACAUUAUAAUGGUUUUGUGUUGUUGCUUAAGCGGUGUGUGUGUGUUGUGUACUUGUCUGAUGUUUAGACGACACUUGGCGAGGAGGACGUAUUGUGCUCGCAGAACGCCUCCAAUCAAACUGAUGGCUGUCACCUGUAUUUCAAGGAAAAUGUUUCUGCUCGCCGUUCUUGGGGGUUUAACCAUGUGGUGUGCAGCAUUUCAGUGGUUUCCAGAUGGCUGUGUUCUCUCAGCUCGGCCUGUGCGAGGUCCUGCCCCUCCUUCCCCCUCGCUUGCUUUGGGCUGAUUACGAUGGGUGGGUUCUUUGCCAGUUGCAUCGUGGCCCCGGGUCUAAAUGUCUAGCAGCCAACAGAGCAGGCUGUGGGACACUUUGAAUACUUUGGGAUUUUUUUGUGUGUGGUUAUAGUAUUAAACAAAGAUGUCCGAUAAAAAAACAAAAAACUUAUCAACUCAACAAGCAGAGGUGUGGACGUCUGAUCCGAUCACCGGGCUGAGGAAGAACGAAAUCUCGACUCCUAGGACACGUUUUAGGUUGAUUGUUUUUGUUUCUUUCGUACCACAACAAUCUAAUUAUGGGCGUGAUAAUUAUUGUAUUUAGACCCCUAUAUGUAAACACAAUUGCUAAAUUGAAAACUGUUACUGUUCUAAGUUUACCUAGAUCUGUCUGGCUUUAUGAUUUAAAUUUGUUGAUUUUAAAUUUUUGUAUUCUUAAAUGCUACUCUAGUUUAACAUGUAGCAAACUGCACUGUGCAAUAUACAAAAAUGAGGACUGGGGAAAAUUAUUUGUUUGGAUGUGAUAAUGUGUGUCUUACCAGUCGGCGGUCACCCCCCCUCCCUCUAGUUCUCAGUGAGUUUCAGUGUGACCAAGCCUUAUUUACCAUGUCACAAAAAGCGGGUUCCUUCUUGGUGACUCUUAUUGGUGAGUGUCAAAUUAUGAAUUGAUGGUGUACUAUGUCAAGAUUCACUUUGAAUUAAAAAAAUAAAUCUUAUUCUUUGGUC